CAAAUGAUCAUUAUCUCGCAGAUUUGAAAGUGAAGUUUCCUUGCAUAACUAUCGUUAGUAUGGAUACAUCACGUGUGGAAACGUAUUCCUAAUUUACAUACGAGGAGCGCUGGUAUUCUGCUGGUACUUUGCGGUUCGUAGCUCAACAGUGCCCAACAGCGUCCAACACUGCCCAACGUGCCUCGACGGUGCGGCGACAGUCGACAGUCGCGAAGCGGUGAGAGGGGAAAGCGGAGCGAGGAGCGAGGAGCGAGGAGCGAGUCUUGCGCUCGGGGCCGGGGAACUCUUUUGUACUCCCGAGCGACGCCACGCGAUGGACGGCCUCUCUCUGGACGGGAUCCCGCGAGACGCGAGACGCGAGUACGAGUCACGUAGCUUUACAGCUCUACAGUAGUGGCUGCCGCCGCUCGGGAACUGGACGGGUAGUCGCGGCGGCGCGCUUCCUUCAGCUUCCUUCCUCUUCUCUUUGAUCUCUUUCGCCUCCCGCGAUCGCCACUCGCUUCUUCUCGCGAGGAACGCGAUAGUACUCCUUUCAACUUCGGUAUCGAUUCCUUCCUUCGGCCGGAGAUUCUCUCUCGGUUCUCUUGAUCCUGUAAUCGUUGAUGUGGCGAAAGUGUAUUUGAGAAAGAAAAAGAGAGAGUGCACGCACGUCCGACGCAACUCCACGUGGUGCCGCGCGCGCGCGCGCGCGGAGCACCGCGACACCACCAGAGAUUACUCCUACCGUGGAGCGUGGACACAUCUCUCGGAUCUCUCAUUCCGGCCCUUACCAGCCGCACCGCGACGAUCGAGGCGAAGGACAUGAGGCGGAUCAUGGACCUGUUCGUCUGGAUGCUGCUGGUUCCGCCGCUCCUACUUGUGACAGAUCCCUCGCAAGCUGCUGAAACAACGGUGGAAUGCCCACAGAAAUGCGUGUGUUACAACGGCACGACGCAGGUGCGAUGCAUGUUUUUAAAGCUGACCCAGGUGCCGCGAGUGCCCUCCAACACUACAGUCCUAGAUCUUCGAUUUAACAGUAUCACAGAGGUGCGCGCGGGAUCGUUUCACGGAUUGAAUAAACUGCACACCCUGCUGUUGAAUGACAAUCACAUCCGACGACUGCCGAUGGGCGCGUUCGAGGGCGCGCCGAAUCUACGGAUACUCUACUUGUACAAAAAUCGCAUCGAGCAUAUCGCGCCGGGUGCGUUCGCGGGGUUGUCACGGCUCGAGCAGUUGUAUCUGCAUCACAACCACCUACGAGAGGUCCGAUCGGGCACGUUCAACGAUCUGCCGGUGCUGGAGCGUCUGUUUCUGCACAAUAACAAGCUUCACCGAUUGCCGGCCGACGCGUUCGUCAAUGUCGGUCCGAUGACGCGGCUGCGUCUCGACAGCAACGCGCUCAUCUGCGACUGCAAUCUAGUCUGGCUGGUGGAACGCCUGCAGGACAGACCUAUGGAGAUGGCGGCAAUUUGCCAAUCUCCGCACAAGAUGAAGGGUCGCUCUCUGACAACGAUGUUACCCGAGGACUUUCAUUGCACAAAACCGCGCAUCUUGGAAGGCCCGGAAGACACUAUGGUACGAUUCGGCGACACGAUGACGUUGACUUGCCGAGUAACGGGUGAUCCGAUGCCGAAGAUCAAAUGGAUGAAGAAUAGAUACGAAUACUCGUGGGAAGUGGAUGACGAUAGCGAAAAGUACGUGAUCCAUGAGGAUGGCGAAAAAUAUGUGAUUCGCAAAGACGGUACCUUGGUGAUCACCGGCACGACCGAACAGGACAGCGGGAUGUACGAAUGCGUGGCCAGCAGCGACAUGGGCUCGACCAAAUCCAGAAAGGCUAGAGCGGUGAUUACGGCGGCGUCCCGGUUAAUACUCGCCGAAAGGCCGGAAUCACAAAACGCGAGCGUCGGCACCAAUGUGACAUUCUCCUGCCGAGCUUUGGGUAAUCCCAAGCCAGAUGUCCGUUGGUUUCGAGACGGCCGAACGAUCCCCUUUGGCGACAGGAUCUCACUCGAAAACGAUGGUACCUUGCUGCGCAUCAUCGCGGUUAAGGAAACCGACACGGGCAAAUACGAGUGUUACCUCAGAAGCAUCGAUCACAUGGUCCAUCUCUUCGCGGAUCUGAAGGUUGUCGAUUUCACCGCUCCCCGGUUGUUGUUCAGACCGCAAGACAUGGAAGCGGAACCAGACGCUACAGUCGAGAUGCCUUGCCGGGCCGAAGGUACACCAAAGCCGGAGAUACAAUGGAAGAAGGACGGUAGCACGCUGGAGAGCAAUAGAGUCAAGAUUACACGCGGUGGGAGUCUUCUCAUUUUUAACGUUACUCUGCAGGAUUCCGGCAGAUACGAAUGUUCGGCGGUAAACGAUUAUGGUCGCGCAACUGCCGAUGCUCUGGUGCGCGUUCGGCAGCCGGAUGGGACACAGGAUACACUCGUCAUACGAGCCUUCCAAAGUGCCACCGAAGAGAUCGAUCGUGCCAUCAACAAGACACUAUUGUCCCUUUUCAAUCCCGACGGCUCAUCCAAACACGUUAAUCCGUUUCGGCUGUCACGGUUUCCAAACGCGAUCGGUCGCGCGGCCGCCAGACCCGCCGAACUUUUUGAGAGAACUCUCGUCAAUAUCCGACGUAUGGUAGACGCUGGCAAUAAGGCAAACGUCACCGGCGAAUUUCGUUACGAAGAAAUCCUAACAUUCGAGCAGGUGAAGGAAAUCGAACGAUUGUCUGGAUGCACCGGUCAUAGACGUCGGCAGAACUGCACCAAUAGAUGCUUUCAUCACAAGUACCGAACCAUAGAUGGUAGUUGCAAUAAUCUACGCCAUCCCACUUGGGGCUCGUCGUAUACAGGCUUUCAAAGAAUACUGCAACCCAUCUACGAGAAUGGUUUCUCGACACCGGUUGGUUGGGAGAAAGAACGACGGUACUAUGGGUAUCCGAAGCCCGCCGCACGCCUCGUGUCAACUACGCUCAUCUCCACUCACGACAUUACAUCGGACAAUCAGAUUACCCACAUGGUGAUGCAAUGGGGUCAGUUUCUGGAUCACGAUCUCGAUCAUGCGUUACCAUCAGUGUCGAGCGAGUCGUGGGAUGGAAUCGAUUGCAAAAAAUCCUGUGACAACGCCGCGCCCUGCUUUCCGAUGGAAGUACCGCCUGGUGAUCCACGUAUCAACAACAGACGGUGCAUCGACUUUGUCAGAAGCAGUGCCGUGUGUGGUUCCGGCGCGACUAGUUUACUGUGGGGUGAUUUGAUGCCUCGGGAACAACUUAAUCAACUAACUAGCUACUUGGAUGCGUCGCAAGUCUACGGCUACAACGACGAGUUGGCGCGCGAUCUGCGCGAUCUCACAACGGACCGCGGAUUGCUUCGGGAGGGUCCCACGAUCCCUGGUCACAAGCCUCUCUUGCCUUACAUGUCUGGCCAGUUUGUUGAUUGCCGUCGGAAUACACUGGAAAGUUCGAUAAACUGCUUCGUCGCUGGUGACAUUCGAGCAAACGAGCAAGUCGGUCUGUUGGCCAUGCAUACAAUAUGGUUGCGUGAACACAACCGCAUCGCUCGCGCGCUACGCGACAUGAACCCACACUGGAAUGGCGAGAAGUUGUAUCAGGAAGCCAGACGUAUCGUCGGCGCUGAAAUGCAACACAUCACUUACCGGCACUGGUUGCCACGGAUAUUUGGCUCGGCCAUCGACAAUCUUCUGCCGCCGUACCGAGGCUACGAUCCCAAUAUCGACGCCAGCAUAUCCAACGUCUUCGCUACUGCCGCUUUGCGUUUCGGUCAUUCGCUCAUCCAACCGCGUCUCGAGCGUUUAAACGCUUCCUUUCGGUCGAUUCCUCAGGGUCCUCUCGAUUUGCGAGAUGCCUUUUUCGCACCUUGGCGACUGGUAGAAGAAGGUGGGGUCGAUCCGCUGAUCAGAGGUAUGUACGCUACGGCGGCAAAACUAAAGCUGCCCGAGCAAAAUCUCAAUGUCGAGCUUACUGAGCAGCUGUUCCGUACCGCACACGCGGUCGCGCUGGAUCUAGCGGCGAUGAACAUUCAGCGGGGGAGAGAUCACGGACUUCCCGGCUAUCUGGAAUGGCGCGAUUAUUGCAACAUGCCGCGUGUAGAAACGUUUGAACAUCUUGCUGGCGAAAUCAGCAGCGGUCGAGUACGGCAGAAACUGCGUGAAUUGUAUGGCCAUCCGGGCAACAUAGAUGUUUGGGUCGGCGGUAUUCUGGAGGAUCAGUUGCCGGGAAUGAAGAUCGGAUCGCUGUUUAAGUGUCUUCUGCUCGAACAAUUCCGACGAACUCGGGACGGCGAUCGAUUCUGGUACGAGAAUCCCAGCGCCUUUCGACCGGAACAGCUUGCGCAGAUCCAACAAAUAUCGCUAGCUAGAAUCUUGUGCGACAAUGGCGACAACAUCACUCGCGUACAACCCAACGUGUUCCUAUUGCCCGAAGGUCGUAAUAACUUUGUCAGUUGUGACGAGAUUCCUUACGUGGAUUUGACCGUGUGGUCCGAUUGCUGCGACAAUUGUGAGGAUCGCGACAAUACCAUCUCUCGUGUACGCAGAGAAGUUGAGAAAUAUUUUGCUCCCAGUCGCGAUCAUGUCAAAGACAUGGACAAGUUGAGUCACGAUGAGAAAGUUAAAUACUUACAAAGAAUGUUUGAAGAAAGCGGUCGAGAGGCUAGGAGGUUGCGAGAGCAGGCUGAUGAUUUGUCGCAAAAAGUGAAAGAACUUGGAUCAUUUUUGAAAGACAUUAGAAUGCGAAUAGAAUAGAAGAUUAAAGGCGUUUACUAGACUUGGAUCAUCCUCUCUUUUUUCCUCUCUACCCGAUAGUCGUGCUCUUGCAUACAGCGUUGCUCUAAUAUAUUUCGUGUUCUUUAUGCAUUUGUUAUUGUAAAUAGAAGCAUUUUCGCAGAAAUAGCGUCCUGCAAUCGCUAAAUGUCUUUCUUUUAAACUAACACAGCUAUUACCAAGGUACUAUUGUAUAAUGCGAUACAGGCGUACAAAUUGUGCAUGUGUCGUACCAAAGUUUAAUUUUUACAACAUAUGGUAAAACAAUACACAAAUUAAAAAAUAUUACAGUACAUUCUUUUCUUUACAUAUACAUGUACAUAUCAGUACAUUACGCUAAAAAAGAGUACAUUAUUCUUUAAAGUUAGUAACUCUUAUUAUAUCUUUAAUUUGUCUAUCCAAAAUAUUUUAUGUAUUAUCCAAUAAUACCUUUAUUAUUACACUUCUUCGUCAAUUUUACCAUUAGGAAAACAAAGUUCUUCCCAAUACAUACAGUUUUAGCAUCAAUCGUUAGCAUCAACUAUUUCACUAGGAAAUACAGCCUUCAAAAAUCUGUGCCAUUAAUCAUUGUGUAUAAACAAUAUAAGAAUUUAUACACAUAUUUUUUUACUAAUAAAGAUUAUCGAAUUACAAUAGUCAAAUUCACUUUCUAGUCUUUAACCAGUAUUUCAUCUUACAUUGCAUAUACAUUUGUAUCCAUAAAGAGUAAAAAUUUAAUUUAAUAAAGCAUAUAAAAGA